GAUAUUUUUAUUUUCAUGUGACAAUUAAGACACUUUCAUACAUCUUUCUUUCUCUUCUUAAUUAAGUGAAGCUACGUUCCAUAUAUACCCCGGUAUCCAUCCACCGGAAAAAUAGUCACCACCCCGUAUCACCGCCGUGUCUACCAACAACAAUCUCUCUUAGGAAAUGGGAGUGAAAGUGGCAAGUGGUUGUUUGAUAUGGUCACAGUCUUUGAAUUAUUGGCCGAUUUCUUCAUCAACUCAAACGCUUGCUUCUUCAAUUAUCUCUUCACCUUCUACAAAACGUCGUAAUUUGAAAAACGUUGCUAUGGUCUUGAGGAUCAUACAUAGACCGAGUAUGUUUGGAACAAAGCAGAACAAAUCUCAUGUGUUCAAAUCCAAACAAACCGUUCGUGCUAGUUUAAAUGCAGAAUUCUCAGAUGAAGAAUUUUGUAGAGAGAUUCGAGAGUUGGCUCUCUUAUUCCAAGUCUCGGAUAACAAUGAUAAUGAUAAUGAAAAUGACAAUGAUAAUAUGGAAAGUAGUGUUUUGUUAAAAUCGGAAAUGAAGGUUUCUGAGCCGUUUGGUAGUUCAGUAAUGGAGAAACCGGAAUGGAUAGAGGAAAUGGAUAUGAUUCAAGCGAGUAUAGAGCGGAAGGCAAGCAGGGUGGAGCUACCGUUCUCUUUACGAAUGAUUCAAAGAAAGAAGCAAUGGAAAAAAGGAGUUAAAGAAGCAGGGGAAUCUGCUUAUUGUUCAGUAAAAAAAGCCUUUUCCUCUAUGGUCUUUAUAAUCCGCGAGCUUCAAAGUUAUACACUUCAAAUGAGGGAAGCUUUAUUUUAUGAAGAUUUGCAAGGUGUUUUGGCAAGGGUACAAAAAGAGAUGAAUGCAUCUUUUGUAUGGUUGUUUCAACAGGUUUUUUCGCAUACUCCUACGUUUAUGGUGUAUGUGAUGAUUCUUUUGGCGAAUUAUAGUGUGUAUGCUAUGUCUAACAAUGUUGCUUUUGCUAUGGCAUCCCAUUCUGCCGCCAUGGAGUCUAUUAUGUCUAUUGAAAGCCAGAUAGAUACCAACAUUGAUUCGACGUCUAUCAAGACGUUUCCUAUGAAUUUAAGUGGAAAAACCGCCUCAAUUGGUGGCAUAAACGGCGGUGGUGGUGAUACCAGACCUGUGGCUAGUGGCACAGAUGAUGAGGAGAGUUUUAAUGGGGCUAUUGCACAUCUCAAGAAUAUUAUUCCGGAUGGAGGUUUCUUGUCAUCAACCAUAAGCCCUACAGUUUCGGGUCAGAUGACCCAAGACUAUGAAUUGGGCUUAUGGAGAGCAAUUGUGGAAGAAGCUAAUAAAAUGCAAGAUUUGUUUAGAAAUGGGGUUCUUGACUAUCAAACCAUGCAAAGAUUUGUCUCUCCGGUGACUGCAAAAGUAAUGGAAGACGACAAUGACACCGCAAGCCAUUUUAGAACAGAGCUUCUAUAUCAAAUGGGUCUGGCAGAAGAACCGGAUAACCCUCUUCUCCUGGCAAAUUAUGCUCAGUUUCUUUACGUCGUCGCCCAAGAUUAUGAUAGAGCGGAAAAGUAUUUCAAAAGGGCUUCUAAGGUAGAGCCAAAGGACGCAGAAGCACUUAGCAAAUAUGCAAACUUUCUUUUGGAAGUAAGAAAGGACUUUUGGGCUGCAGAACAGAAUCUUUUGGAAGCCAUUGAUGUUGAUCCUAUCAACUCCUUUUAUGCAGCCACUUAUGCAAAUUUCCUUUGGAGCAACGGAUCCGACGACCCUUGUUCCACAUUCGAUUCACCAGACAUGACCAAUUCGGAUGACCUUUAACCACUGCAAAACGAUAAAUUGUCGUUAAACCCUUUUCUCCGGUUAUUAACUAAUUAUAUGAUACCGGGGUGGGUUGAGUUGUGGUUAAAGAUUGUAUAAUUACAUUUAAGGAGGUUAACAAAGAAUGUGAUUGGGAUGUUGAUCUGCCUACAUUGAUGUUUGCUUUUGAACAUUUGGACAUUUCAAGUUGUAUUUUACUUUCACUACUACAAAAUGUGAUUUUGUAAAGCCAACAAGUGUAAUUAAUUUUUGUUUAAAUUUAUAAUGAUAAUUAUUGAAGGGUUUAGUAGCUAAA